UUCAAGUCUUAGUUUCAUGAGCGAUUACCAAGCAGAGGCUACCACAGCAAGGGUAGCAGCCAGGGUUGCCCGUAAACUUGUCCAGCCUCGAGCUCAUGUGAGUGAGUCAUGACGGCGCAUCACGUUGUGUAUCAGCUUUGAGGUGCUGAUUGAAUGCUGUGGCAUCAUCCUUCCUUCUUGAUUUGAGAGAAUUCCAGAGGUGACUCAGCAUCCAGAUCACUAAGGACAGGUGGCAUUGGCAAGGUCUGGCGUCUUUUGGCGCCCCGCGGCAGAGCUUGAAAACGCUGGGUUUGCUGCCACGCGUCCUUCUAGAAGCAAGAAGAUGCUUCGAUAGGUCAGCAUUAGGUCAGCAAUUGGUGACUUGGCACACUUGGCAGCGGCACCCGAUGGCGCUCUUUGGCGUCCUCUGGCAGCUUUCCCAGCUUCUUUUGAUGGGGUGCAAUGGGCCCCACCUUCAUUUCUCAAAACAACAAAGGGUUCAUCUCUGGAAGGAGCCCUGGAGCCAGCUUGGAAGGUCGCAGUCCGUGGUUAGCGCGUCGUGCACACAGGCGUCUGGCCAUGCUCAGGCUGGUUGGUCAGCAACAGCGAAGUGCAUUGACAGCCGCGCCGCACGCCAGGUUACAAGCAGACAGCAGAGAUUACAACACCAAAACACCAGGAGUCGGCAGCCUCGCUGUUUGCUGAUAAGAAGCGCGCUCCUGCUGCAGUAUCGCCGCCUUCUUCUAUGGACUCGUUCGGCGCACCUCUCAAUGAUGCUCUCCCACCGUCAGGCAUCAGAGAGCUCGUGGCGAGCGCGGCCAGGGGCUUUCUCACCAACUCAAAGAGAGGCCACCGCAUCUAUCGGAAGGUGGCAGGAACCCUGUGCCAGCGAGCUCGAGAGGAGCUCGGGUUUGCAGGCCUCCUCUGGUCGAAGGCUGCCUGGGAUGGGAGCCUGCAUGCCGCGAUGGCAGGCCUCCAGGCGCUGGCGGGCACCGCAGACACUGGCCUGCAAGAUGAGAAGGUUCUGACCUCGAUCAGGGAGGCCCACCUGGAGGGGCUCAAGCAGCCAGCGACUGCGUCCAGCGGAGUCUGCAGAGCGAGGCAACGACCGCCCCGCCCUGCGACUCACCGUGCACAAAGUACGGCAGCUCAGGGCCUUGCGCGCUCGUUCUGUGGACCAGAGGAUAUAGUUCCGUACGCUCUGUACUGCCACAAAUGCGGCGCCAGUGCAGACUGUGGGUUGCGUGGAAGCAAGGAAGGGGGGCAAGUGAAGUACGUUUGCGAUGAGCACGCAGACUCCUACCGCUACUUUAGCAUCGACAAGGACCGUGCAGCGCUGGGACGCGCAGAAGCUAAGGUCGUUGGGCAGAUGGACCAGACUCGCAGUCAGUCAGCUUACAACCAUACUUUUCAGCGAAGUGGGCUGUACUAUAAUUCAGCGCCCAAGAGCAGACGCCUCACAGCAACGCUCCUGAUCAUUGGGGGAAUCGAGCCCAAUCCCGGCUGGGGGGGCAACGAGGUAAGCGAUUCUGCGGCUCAAGACAGGACAACGCUGGGAAGCGACAUCGACAGAGGGUGGCCACUCAUCCCACUGCCGUCGCUGGAGGAGGUUUACGGCAGUCCGCCGCUGCGCCAAGCCCAGAGCAUGCAUUCAGAGUUCGAAGCGUGGAGGAGCCAAGCACGUUUGAGUGAGCAGAUGAGUGGCGGCAACCAGCGGUCGGCUACGAGUGCGGCCAAUGAGUCCGGGUCGGAGCUGUCGGAUUCGGAAGACGAAGGGGAGGACAUUGAGGGGGCGGAGUUCGAGAGCGUGGACGAGCCUCAAGACGUGGAAACAUCCAGGGAUCGCGCAUUCAUCGACGAUGAAGACGCAAGCGAAGAUGAAGAGAAUGAGGUGAUUGCGCAAGGCAGGUUUCGUGCUGCCAGGGAAUCGAGCUCCGACUCGGAUGUCCCUCUGCUUCUGGCUCGGCGCUUCAAGCCGCAGGCGCCGGGACGAGCGACCAAGGCGCUCCAAACAAGCUGCCGAGCCCGUUCUCCGUCCUCUUGGUCGAAAGCUUCGGCCGAGGAAGGCAGCCCUUCACAAGGCUCUUCCUCUACGGUGAGCGUCGGGGGUUGGGCUGAUCAGCAGCUGCCGCCUGCUACUGGUGGCCGCAUCCGGCCGCAGCGCUCUGAGGAAGCCGCAAUGGACACGGAUUCCGGGUCGGACGAGCUUCCGGGUCUUCGUAAGCGGCGGGUGCUUGAUGGGGCAGCCCGCUCUCCACAAAUCAGGCGGCGCCGUCGGGUGCUGCUCUCAUCAUCAGAGUCUUCGGGUGGGAAUGGCAGUGUUUUGGCACGGCGGUGUGGUGCUGCUGGUUCAGAGGAGGAGGUGCAGCACAGGGGGCGCGAGGAGCUCGUGCCAAGCGAUGACGACCCGCCAGAUCCUGAGGACGAUGGGGGCUUCGUGAUCGUGCCGAGUCCAUGGCGACUCAUGAGUGACGGUCAAGUGGAUGUGGAGGGCGUUUUGAGAGCAAACGGGGCUGCCCCGACGACGGAUGAGAAGUCAGCGGACGAUCUGCUGGACCGUCCAAGCCCGUCCUCCAGCGACCCGCAUCCUGCCACCCCACCUCGCUCCGCUCCGACUGAGCCGGCACCUGAGCUCCCAUACUGUCACCCUAAGUACAUGCGCGACACGCGAGCUAGAAGGCGUGGCUGUUGGUGUCAUCACGGUUGUCAUCUGUGAUCUUUAAAAAGGAUUGUAAGCGACUGUGACAACUAGUCAAAAGUUGCCUCUCGGUAUAAGCAAUCAAGUAGUAAUGGUGCAACUUUUGACUAGCAUGUAAUUAUGAUAGCCAUUCCAACCUGACUUCGGAAUCUUCAUUGAGAUAUAUGGUCCGGCGCUCAUGAUGGCAUCUAGCAGUCAAAACUUGCCUUAUAUGCAAGUACGACCAUCUUACAAUGAACAAUGUCCUCAGUGAUAUUUGAUGGCGCAACGGUAGGAGUCAAAAUCCCCUUCAUAACACAAGCAACGGUGCAACUUCUCACUUUGUAAGUAAAACACGUAUCAUUACAAUCGACAACUCCUUGAAACGAUUCGGGAAAAAAGGCGCCAACCCUUUGCCUCAACAACCAAUAGAUUAUGUUUAU